AUGACGCGGGAGGAAGUCCGCAUCGUCACCCCUUCAGUUCUUCGCGUCCAGCACUUUGGCUAUAUUUUCAAAAAUGGAGUAAAGUGCAUUGUGGUGCAGGACCCCAAUGCACGCGUGCCAGCCGCAGCGAUGAACAUACGCGCCGGUCAGCUCAACGACCCGGAGGUGCUCCCCGGACUGGCGCAUUUCUGUGAGCACAUGCUGUUCAUGGGGACGGAGAAGUACCCAAGUGAAGGUGAAUACAGCGACUACAUCACAAAGAACGGUGGCUACUGCAACGCUUGGACAGCAGAUCGUGGCACAACGUACUACUUUACCGUGGCACAGGAUGCACUCCAAGGAGCACUGGAGCGGUUUGUUGAGUUUUUCAUCGCCCCAAGUUUCGAUGCGAGCUCCAUAUCCCGUGAGGUGAAGGCGGUUCAUAGUGAAGAUGAGAAAAACCAUAGUGUGGAUUUCUGGCGUCAGGACGAGUUACUCCGCUCUCUUUGUGAUCCGCGGCACCCAAGAAGCCGCUAUGGCAAUGGCAAUAUGACAACACUUUGGGAUGAACCACUGCAAAAACAGGUUGACAUCCGUGAGCAGCUGCUGAAGUUCUUUGAAGCGCAUUACGUUUCGGGAGCUGCAUGCAUAGCGGUAUACAGCGCGUUUCCUCCCGAAUGGGUGCUAAGCAUUAUUGAGGAGCCUCUUUCAAAAAUGCGUGUGGGGGAGCCAUCACCGUUUCGUUUCAUGCAGCCCAGUGACCCGCUUUUGCGCUCGACAGCCUCGGGAGGAUUGUGGUUGAAUGUUCGAACGGUGAGGAAGACGCGAAGCAUUGCCAUGAUUUGGCCCGUGAAAUCACAUUCAUCUCUGUGGCGGUCGAGUCCCUCGGGCUAUGUCUCUUAUAUCUUGGGUCAUGAGUGUGACUCCUCCGUGUUUGGUAUCCUGCGGCAGCAGGGGCUCGCAGUUGCAAUGAGUGUUGGUCCUCGAAGAAUUGAUGACGACAAUGAGCUCUUUUGCGUUGAUAUAUCACUUACACUUGACGGCGUACGGUGCAUUCCGGACGUCAUCGACAUGGUUUAUCAGGGCAUUGGACAGACCGCCCACGUAGACACUUCAGUGUAUGAGCAUAUGAAAUCAGAGGAGUUGCUUUCAUUUGAAUCGUGUGAUAUUAGUGGGUAUGCGGAUCACUGCGUUGAGUUGGCCUAUUCGGCUAACGAGACCGACCUGCCAAACUGUUGGGUUUCUGGAAAUAGAGUACUGGAGGAUGAUAUUCAUGCAACCGAGGAAUACGUCGCCCAACUAACACCCGAGAAAUGUGUUAUAACGUUCAUGUGGGGAGAUAUGCCUUGCAGUACGGACGACGACACACCACGUGAGGAGGGCCCGGAGUCAGCUAUAGAGGAGGAGGAGGAAGAUGCCGAGGAAUCCGAGGAGGAGCAAUGUGCCUCAAGUGUGUUUCACACUCUGCCCAAUUUCGCGCAGAUACCAUGCAACUGCGCAACGCGCUUCCACAAAACAAAGUUUUCCCUUUGUCGAGUCCCUGAUGACCUUCUUCGGCGUUGGGCGGCUAGCCUUCACAAACCGACCCAAGCUGGUUUGUCGCUUCCACCCCCCAACCCAUUCCUCGCUACGGACUUCACGCUUUAUAAUGAGGGGAGCUCUGACGGUCAUUGUGAGCCGGCGGUUGAAACGUUCAAUACUAUGUACGGUGUCACACUCAUGCGGAAAAAUGUAUGGCACUACCAAACUUUCAAGUCGUCGAUCCAUUGGUGCGCGUUGUCACCGUGUGUGUAUGCCACGCCAAAGAACCGUUUCUACGCGCGUGUCAUGCGGAGCAUAUUGAAGGAUGCCCUCGCUGAAGUCAGUUAUUUUGGUGUACUUGCCUCUCUGGAAAACAGUGUUGAAUUGAGCACUGGGGGGAUUUCACUUAGCGUCACGGGACCUCAGCAGAGAAUAGUGGAUUUUUUUUUCUCACUGUUCGAGAAGUUCUUUAGCCCAAAUGUCCUCCGUGGCACGGCUGAAAAGUACAAUACUUACUCGGAGGUAGCACUGCGACACCUGGUCGGCAGCGCUGCUAAACAGCCGUACGAGCUGGUGAAUGACGCGUUCGUGAAGGUGGGGAAGGUGGUUAUGUAUACCUUUGAUGAAAUACUCAAUGCAGCCUCAUCGAUCUCCUACAAGGAAUACCUAUCCUUCGUUGAUGAGUAUCUCAGAAGCGGAAUAUACUUUGAGUGCUUCAUAGCAGGCAACAUACCUUCCGCUUCCUACAUGCGUGAAUGUUUGCUGGAUACGAUGGAAAAGAAACUAUCUUGCAUGAACGUGCCUCCUGCCCCUAAGGAGUCUAUUCCCCGAUUUCGUGAUGCGUAUGCCUUCAGCCGCGACUCCUCCAAACUUGGCACUCCGGUCGUCAGCGUCAUGAGUUAUCCCCCUUUCAACCCGGAAAACCCCAACGUGGCAGUGCUGCUUGACAUUUAUGUUGGUGAGGAAACUGCCAUGGUGCGGGCGCUUUGUGACUGCAUGAAUAAGUUACUCUCAUCCAGUUUUUUCAAUGAACUUCGAACAAAGGAAGCACUUGGCUACAUUGUUUUCUCAAGGUCCCUUCGCUUGCAAGGCACUGCUCACUUGCAAUUCGGUGUGCAGAGUGCUGUUGAGGGUGUUGAUGGACUGUAUCUCUUUUCCCGCAUCAUCGCAUUCUUAGCUGCUGUCGAGGAAAAGCUUGUCGCGGUAUGCAGCGAGACUGAUGUGCAGACUGUUGUGAGUGGUCUUAUCGAAGCGAGGAAGAAACUACCGGAUUCAGCCGAUCACGACUGCGAUGACUUAAGCGGACGCUAUCUGAACCCCUUGGGUAUUCAGGGGAAGGAGGCAGUAGUAGCUGCACUCGAACAGGUGAGUCCCCAAAUGGUAAGGGAGUUCUUUCAGACAUAUGUUGCGAACUCCAACCCUCACAGAAAGGCAGUGUUGACUAUUGUCAACAGUUCUGCAUCCGCAGCAACGGAUGCGUUUAAUACAGACCAGGAGGAGGUGGCGUUGCCGUCACGGCGACCGUGUGAAGGAGCGCAGCCCAUCGAUGGAGACGAUGUAGCUGCCGCCAACCGGGGCUGCGUGUUGAAUCUUCCCGAUUUCACAGCGGUACCGAUGCGCAUCGCCAUUAAGAGGUACGGUUCGCCCCAAGAGUUUCAGGCAAACCUCCCUGUCAUUCGUUGCAGGACCUUCUAG